UACAGUUAAUUUUUUUUUUUUUUUUGAAAAACUCACAUAAAUAAACGAAAAAAAAAUCAUCACAUAAACAAAAAAAUAUAAAUCUUUGAAAAGCUAAAACAUAACCCAAAAAAAAAAAUACUAAAAGAGUAAGCAGACAUAGAUAAUCGGAGUCCGAUUAAAAAAAUGGGGUGUCGGUGGAUAAGCCUCGUACGUGCCACUCGCAGCUGAUUUCCCUGUAACCAGGGUUAAUUCAUACGUCACCUUUGCCUGCAUAUUCCACUUGUAAUCGCAAGCAUUCCAGAACCAUCGGCAAAUUUCUCUUCCACCGCCCCCGUAUAAAUUUCAGCAGCUCAAGCAAAAUUUUCCGGUGUCAUCGUUCCAAAUGACGAAAUCCAGAAGAUCAAUCGACACAAAUGCAAAAGAGUUCGAGAAUUUCUUCCAAGGAUGGUUAGUUCGUCAGGAACAUUACCUGGAAGACCUCCGAUCGGCUAUGCAAACCUGUGACGCCUCCGAAGAUGAUCUCCGUGAUUUGAUCGCUCGUGUUCUCGCGCAUUACCUGCAAUACUUCGAGGAGAAAUCUCGAAUCGCAAAUCAUGAUGUGUCGUUAGUUUUCUCGCCGCCGUGGUUUUCGUCUUUUGAACGGAGUUUCUUCUGGAUUGCUGGAUUUAAACCCGCAUUAACGUUCCGCGUUGUGGAUCGUUCGGUGGAGGAUAUGAACAAGGAGCAGGUGGAGAUGAUGGAGAGGCUGAAGGCGGAGACGAAGGCUGAGGAGAGGGAAUUGGAGAAUGAGUUGGCGAUGAUUCAGGAAAGCGUAGCGGCGCCGCCGAUUGUUGAGGUUGCUAGGAGAGGAGAGAAUUGGUUGGCGAAUGGGAAGUAUGACAAAAUGGAAUCGGCAUUUGAAACAUUGAAAGAGCAGUUGGAGGUGGUUGUCGCGAACGCGGAUAUGUUGAGGUCGAGAGUGGCGGAGAGGGUGGUGGAGAUAUUAACGCCGGUGCAGAACGUGAGGUUUUUAGCGGCAGUGACAGAGUUGCAGCUCAAAAUAAGGACGCGUGGUUGGCAGCUUGAUUCCCAGCGAGGAGACAAAGGACGAUGAGUUAUGCACUUUACUUGUAAUCCGUUUUGCUUCUUUACCAAAAAAGAAAAAGUUAUCAAUUUUGGUCGUUUUUGUUAUAAAUUAAUUAAGACUUCUCCUAAAUCUUUUUGAAUUAGAGAGUUAAUAAAUUUUGUUUUAAAUG